AUGGAAACGCAGGUGGUGGCGAUGGGCAGCAGUACGACUUCCGACAAAACCAUCAAUACCAGCACCGAUUCGGCUGCGACCGCGCUCACCUCCGUGACGGGCACCGAUGACUCGAUGGACGCGGACCCAGAGCACGAGGCGCAGCAGCCGCCGAGCCUCAUCGACGCGGACCCCACACCGAUGCAAUCCCCCAAGCCGCCGAGCACCGCGCCCCCCCACUACCACCGCCCGCAGAGCAGCUGCGACAUCGACUCACCAGCGUACACCAAGCCGCAGUCAGCCACGGACGUCUUAGAGUCCCCUAGGCCCGGCCCCGCGAGAUUCGUCUUCGACGUGCCCCUCCCGGAGCCGAAAAGGGUGGACAAGCCGAGGAACACCAUCCAAGUGAGCCAAACGAGCGCGCCGUCGACCUCGAUACAGAUCCCGUUCGACCCCAAGCUGGAACCGCCGAAGAGUCCGAAAGCGAACCAGGCUAAGUACGAGACGCAUUUCAAGUUUGAACCGGAAGUAACGAAGCGCAGGGGAAGCGAGGCGAAGGCGAAGAACAAACAGAAAGUGGACAAGCAGGAGUAUUACAAAGAUGAGGUGGCUAAACUUAGGCGGCAGCUCGAAGGCACUGAGGUGUUCACAACUUCUCGAAGGAGGUCAUCGGCCCAUCAACACUCUGUGCCACCGCCGUCCUCUAGAAGACAGUCAACAGCGGCGCAAGUGCAUGUGACCGCCAAUCCGCUGGACUCUGCGACCACCACGAUACCGGCGGGGCGCACGACCAUCGUCGUUCAGCAGCCGUCCCUCUCGCUGGACUACGGGGGCUGCUCCACGAUCCUGCUGCGGGACGGAGAGGACGGGGGCAGACGGAAGAGCAGGGUCUGCAGCGACCACAUACAGCAGCUGCUCGACGUCACCAGCCAGUUCACCUCGGAGGACCUGCACGAGUUCGACAAAAGGUACGGCAGUCCCCACCAUUCCCGGUCGCAGUCCGUGAAGGCGGCUCGUUCCAGGACGGGCGAGAGGCAGUUGCUGGGACUGCCGCAGCAGCGAGCGCGAGUCGCCUCCAUGCCCAACACCGGUGUCGAGGAAGAGUAUUACCGCCUACGUCAUUUCAGCAUCACGGGCAAAGGUGUGAUCAACCGCGGUGACUCCCUCCGCUCCAGGAGGUCGAGGUCGAACACGUCCGUGGCGUCCAGCGCGUCCAGCACCGAAGCGGCAACUAGAGCUUCUGCCCCUUGCUCCUUGGCUUCCUCAAGGGAUUCCUCGGCCGGUCUCAGUGCUUAUCGAGUUCUGGUAUUGGGAGCCGCAGGGGUGGGCAAGUCCAGUCUCAUUGGCCAGUUCAUGACAUCCGAGUACCUGCAUGCAUACGACACCAGCAUUGAUGAUGAAUCCGGGGAGAGAUCUGUCUGCGUCCUAUUGGCUGGCGAAGAGUCCGAGAUCACAUUCCUAGACUCGCCCCCGGAACCCGUGAUU